UGACUGACUCCGUCCUUUCUGUUCAUCAAGUUUGGUUGAGUUGUUUGAGAGUUCAUGUCAGACUUAAAGAAGCGUGAAAAACUCGCGCCUUCACACACAUUAUGAGCGAUCAACAGCAGAAUCAAAUGGCCGCGCUGGUGGAGAACGACACGAGCUUCAUUCAGAAGAGAAACUCCAGCACGUCUCAAAUGCAAAUGAUAUAUACCUUCAUACCGCCCAGCUCUACAUACAUGGACUCGCAGCAGCCUUCACCUUUAGCGCUGUUAGCAGCCACCUGCAGUCGGAUUGAUGAAAAUGACACUGUGGAACAACAGACACGGCAAAGCCAGGCACAGGACACACAGAUCGAGCUCCAGCACCCUCAUCUGUCACAUGCCUCCAACGGCUGGCACAUCAUACCCGCAAGCUCUCAGCCUGCCACAAGCGCAACCUCUCCCUCGGAGGACAAAAGCAGACAGACUGGAGCUGUGGUGCAACCCCAGUACGUGAUGGCGUCCUCACAAAACCUACAAAGUCAACAGGUGCUCACUGCCCUCUCUGGUGUGAUGCCAAAUAUCCAGUAUCAGGUGAUCCCACAGUUUCAGACUGUAGAUGGACAGCAGCUCCAGUUUGCUCAGACAGCUCAGGAUGCGUCAAACCCAGCAUCUGGGCAGUUUCAGCUCGUGUCCUCGCCUAAUGGUAACCAGCAGCUCAUCGCUGCCCCAGCUAACCGAGGUACUGGUGCUGGAAACAUAUUAACCGUCCCGGGCCUUUUCCAGCAAGCAAUACCUCUGCAGAACAUCAGUCUGGGUGGGGCUGUGCUUCCCAAUCAGACACAGUUCCUCACCAACAUGCCUGUUCCUCUGAAUGCUAACAUCACUCUUCUCCCGGUUAGCUCUGGUACACCUGUCGGACCUGGAGGUGAUCCGAACGCUGGAGGAAAUUUAGGAACAUCUCAACAGCUUCUCCAGUGCACGUCGUCUACAACUCCAGUGGAGUAUUGCACUACUUCUACCAGCACACGAACGGCCACGUCAGGCAUCGUAACACUAACCCAGAGUAGCAAAGGAGACGCGGGAAAGCCCUUCCAGAACACGUCCGCCGCAUCUGAUAAUCGGGACGGGCAGAAACAGUGUCAGGCACAGAUCCUCAUUCAGCCACAGCAGGUCCUGCAGACCGUUCAGCCCGGCUCGGUCUCGGCCGGAGGUCAGAUGUUCGCAACACAGACUUUGUCUCAGGAUGGAGUGCAAAAUGUUCAGAUCCAGACCAUCGCAAACGGAAGCCCCAUCCUGAUCCGUACCGUGGGUCCGAAUGGCCAGGUUAGCUGGCAGACCCUUCAGUUGCAGAGCCCCGCUAACGCCCAGAUCACACUGGCUCAGGCUGGCGCACCAGGAACCAUGCAGCUCUCUGGUCUUCAGACCAUCAACUUGAACACGCUUGGCAGUGCAGGACUGAUGCAUCAGCUGCAAGGGGUUCCCAUCACCAUCUCCAAUACAACAGGUGAGGUGAGUGGUGCGGGUGGAGACGGUCUGGAGGACAACAAUGUGAUGGAUGAGAAUGUGGAGGGCAGCCCAACCGCCACCAGCAGACGCACGCGCAGGGAAGCCUGCACCUGCCCGUACUGCAAAGACGGAGAGGGACGCAAUGACCCCACUAAGAAGAAACAGCACAUCUGCCAUAUUCCUGGGUGUGCCAAGGUUUAUGGGAAAACAUCUCAUCUACGGGCACACUUACGCUGGCACACAGGAGAGAGACCCUUCGUUUGUUCCUGGUCCUUCUGUGGGAAACGUUUCACACGCUCUGAUGAGCUGCAGAGACACAAGAGGACACACACAGGUGAAAAGAAGUUCUCGUGCCCGGAGUGUCCCAAGCGGUUCAUGCGCAGCGAUCACUUGUCCAAGCACAUCAAGACCCAUAUGAAUAAGAAAGGAUCUGCUGGCGCAGUGAGCGCCGCUGACACCACCGUCACGACCGCGAGCUCGGCUGACAGCUGUGCCACAGGUGACAUGACCACCGACCAGCAGACGCUAGUUACUAUGGGCACGCUGUCAUCCGAGGGGUUCACGCGGUUAGAGCCCAGUGGCAUCAAUGUCAUGCAAGUCACAGAUCUGCACUCCAUCAAUCUGAAUAGCAAUGGCUAUUAAGCACUUUGGGUGGCGCGAGUGCAGUGAGCAUGUUGAGAGAUCUGACUGGGAAGAAUGAAUGCACUGCAGUUUGUAGGCAUUAAAACGGCGGUUCAGGCGCGGAGCCUCCAGUGAGCGACAGCCAUGAAAAAUGGUUUCACAGGGGAUAGAAAGAGGUGUGAUAGUGCACCUUAAAGGUGCUUGUUUACCUCGUCCUCUCUGAGACUCCAGCCUUUUUUGCAUCCCUUCCGUGUAUAUUCUGAAUCCAAGUUUUUUCAGCUUUCUUUUCCCUGGUUUUACCGAUUCCCUGAACUGAAAUUGUGGUGUGUCACGGUAAGCAUCACUCCACAGGUCCACUUAACGUCAUGAUGUCAGGAUAUAUUGGGUUACAAUGCAACAACAUAAACAGAAAGAUUAAAAAAAAAAACUGUGUGAAAGUGAUAUCAUAGUCAUCUUUUUAAUCUUUAAUACCUUACUUACAAGCCAUCAUGCUUCCGUGUAUUAAUCACCGUAAAUAAGAUAAAAACAAAAAGAAUUGAAGCUUUUUGUACAUAAGUUAUAUUUUUUCUAAGUAUGGAAAACUGCAUAUUCUGAAAUUACCUUUGUUUUGUGAAUGUAUGAAUUAUGCAGUCUUAAAUGUCAGCAUUUUUAUAUUAUGUAGAUGUUCCAUAACUUUUUUUUUUUUUGUAUUGCUUUAGUUCUUUUGUCUUGAUAUACAAAACACAUUUAAGUUACAGUAAAUACAUGCAGUUGAGUUGCUUAAUGCUAAUUGUCCCAGUUUUCUUGGUCACUGUGGUCUUAAACAGUCAUGCUUUGUUUAUAGGGAAAAUGUUAACCAGUUAAAAUACAAAUGCCUUAAACCCUUUAUUUAGAGAGGGCUCUUUUAUGAGUUGGAGUUCAAGCCAAAGCUCUUCACUUUCCAUUACAUGUUAACUCAGGUGAAUGUUACUCUUUUGGUGUUAAGCAUUCAUAAUUAUUAAAUUAAGAUGAACUUCAUAAAGACUCCUAGCAGUUUUUUAAUGCUUGCUUAUUAAACGUUUAGUUCUAGUCCUUGAUUCUGAUUGGUCUAUAGCCGUGUUUAUUGAUAACCACGGCUAUAACCACUUCAUCCAAUGGUUCUUUGUAUCACUACACAUCACCUCUAGCUAGCAACCGCUCUUAUCAACGUAAACUUAUGUUUUCUCUAUUUGAUAUUCUUCAUUGAAGCUUCUUGUAUUGUGUGAGAGAGAGAUCGAGUGAGCGAGUUUAUUACCUGCAUUUUGACAUAGCAUUUUCAUUCAGGUCAGUCCUAUGUUCAUAAUAAAAAAAUCCAUUUGAAUGUC